GUCUUAUUAGCUUUAAAAACCGCCGAGGCCGCCGGUUCCGGUUUUGUCCGGUUGGACCGCCGGUUCGGUCCGGUUUUUUAAACUAGGCAAUGUGGUCGAGCUCUCGCGGUUGCCAUGGCGGGCUGCGGCAGCUCUAAGCGCUUCCUCCCCUCCUCUGGUCUCCGGCAGCUCACGGUCGCCGACGGCGAGGAUGAGAUCGGCAAGCCCCACAAACUCCGCCUCUACUCCAUUGCCAGCCGCGACUUCGGCGACGCCAAGAUGGUCUGGCCGUGCGUCACGCGCCUGGUGUACACCAACGACGUUGGGGAGGUCAAUUUGAUUUUCCAAGUUAGACAAACUUUGCUCCAGAGCAAUCCAGCUUUUUAAUCUCUGCAACCGAUUGUUACACUGCUGUUUAGGAGGUGUUUGUUUCGUUCAGUGGUAACGUAAAUGUAAAUGGUAGCGUAAACGUAAACGGGAACUGAUUACAGACUGUAACAGCACUGGACUGGACAAACUCCAUUUCUACAGUGUAAAGAAAACAAGUACCUAAACAGUGUUUGGUUUGACACAGUAACAGACACCUUUC